GGCCGUCAAAUAUGUCGGUUGGCUCAUAUAAAAAAGCCAUCGGGAUCUCAACGCUCACUCUCUUCACGCUGUCCUUAGAAAUUAGGGUUGCAAUCCGAAUUUGAAUUUCAUCUGAAAGCUCAAGGAUGCCUCGUUAUGAAGAUAGGUAUGGCAGCACUACUCGCCUCUAUGUUGGCCACUUGUCUUCAAGGACCCGUUCGCGUGAUUUGGAGCACAUCUUCAGUAGAUAUGGAAGAGUACGCGAUGUGGAUAUGAAGCGAGACUACGCCUUUGUCGAGUUCAGUGACCCACGGGAUGCUGAUGAUGCAAGAUAUAACUUGGACGGGAGAGAUGUUGAUGGACGGCGUAUCAUCGUGGAAUUUGCCAAGGGAGUGCCACGUGGACCUGGGGGAGUUCGAGAGUAUGUGGGCAGAGGUCCUGCUCCAGGUUCUGGGCGCUGCUUCAAUUGUGGCAUUGAUGGCCAUUGGGCUCGAGAUUGCAAGGCUGGAGACUGGAAAAAUAAAUGUUAUCGCUGUGGGGAAAGAGGUCACAUUGAAAGAAACUGCCAGAACAGCCCCAAGAAACUGAGUGGACGCGGUAGAAGUUAUUCACGGUCGCCUGUGAGGUCACGUUCGCCCCGCCGUGGCAGGAGUAGGAGUCGAAGUUUCAGCAGAAGUCGUAGCUACAGCCGGUCAAGGUCACCUGCAAGAAGAGGCCGUGAUGCUGAGUAUAAAGAAAGGAGAUCAAGGAGUCCAGGAGCGGAAAGCCCUGAGCCAAAGAGGGGUUCUUCUCCCCCUAAGACAAGGAAGCGCAGUGCAACUCCCGAUAGAGAUGCCCCAAGAGAGAGAAGCCCUUCACCUGGUAGAGCUAGAAUGGAGAAGGAGCAAGAUGGGUAUAACAGUGACAGCCCUAAGGAGACCAGCCGAAGCCCUGUGAGCCCUGCAGCUAGGAGGUAUGAUGAGAGCCCUUAUGCUGCAAACGGGCGCAAUCGCAGCCCUAGCCCAAGGGAUGACAGGAGCCCGAGGGAUGACAGGAGUCCUGUUGAAGAUGAUGAUACAGUGCGCUCUCCCCGAGGCAGCGAAUCUCCUUGAAUGCAUGAUGAAGGUGAUAGGAAGUGUGGUGUGGUUACUAGGGUUGUUUGAUCUCUACUUACGUUUGAUGUUCUGCACUUUAGUUGCUGUCUAUGUUUGAGGAUAAAGGUACCAAACGCUAGCUUCUAUCCUAUUUUGGAAAAUGAGGAACCAUGGACGUCUUCACCCUUUGCAAUCUGCAUAUGUAUUUUUAGCUUGACCAUAUUGUAUGGAGCUCUAAAAUCUUUAAAUGCUGUCUCUAUUGCUUUCA